GUCACAGCCGUCCAACUUCUCGAACUUGCUUGGCUUACGUACGUCUCACAAGGUUUCGAACCCCCUCUCUCUCCCUCUCCCUCUCCCUCUCUCUGCUUGACACAGAAUCUGUGCAGAUCGUCAAAUCUGAUCUCUCAUCUUUCCCGGGUUCAAUGAUCCCUUACAGAUUCCUUCUUCCAGUCACUGAGUCUCUGUCUCGUUCUCUACCCGUUUUUUCAGACAAUUUCGGUAUGUGAAGGAGGGAGUGUCAACUAAAGUUGUUCCCUUACUAUGGAGUCUUGCAAUUGCAUUGAGCCGCAAUGGCCAGCUGAUGAACUAUUGAUAAAAUAUCAAUAUAUUUCAGAUUUCUUCAUUGCGCUUGCUUAUUUUUCCAUCCCUUUAGAGCUGAUAUACUUUGUUAAGAAAUCUGCAGUAUUUCCAUAUAGAUGGGUGCUUGUACAGUUUGGUGCUUUCAUUGUUUUAUGUGGAGCAACACAUCUUAUAAACUUGUGGACUUUUACCUUGCAUUCAAGAACUGUUGCUGUAGUAAUGACCAUUGCAAAGGUUUUGACUGCUGUGGUAUCUUGUGCAACUGCCCUCAUGCUGGUGCACAUUAUUCCUGAUUUAUUAAGUGUUAAAACUAGGGAACUAUUUUUGAAAAACAAGGCUGCUGAGCUUGAUAGAGAGAUGGGCCUGAUUCGUACACAAGAAGAAACAGGUCGUCAUGUUAGAAUGCUAACCCAUGAAAUCAGGAGCACUCUUGACAGGCAUACCAUACUAAAAACCACUCUGGUUGAGCUGGGUAGAACCCUGGCAUUGGAAGAAUGUGCCUUGUGGAUGCCAACACAUACUGGAUUAGAGCUUCAACUAUCCUAUACCCUUCGUCACCAAAAUCCUGUUGGAUUUACGGUACCCAUUCAGCUUCCUGUGAUCAAUCAUGUAUUCAGCACUAGUCGUGCUGUAAAAAUAUCACCUAAUUCUCCAGUUGCGAGAUUACGACCUCUUGCGGGGAACUACUUGCCUGGAGAGGUGGUUGCUGUGCGUGUCCCUCUCCUACAUCUCUCUAACUUCCAAAGUAAUGACUGGACAGAGCUCUCAACAAAACGCUAUGCUUUGAUGGUUUUAAUGCUUCCCUCAGACAGUGCAAGGCAAUGGCAUGUUCAUGAGUUGGAGCUUGUUGAAGUGGUUGCUGAUCAGGUUGCUGUAGCUCUUUCGCAUGCUGCAAUCCUAGAAGAAUCAAUGAGGGCAAGAGAUCUUCUGAUGGAGCAGAAUGUUGCCCUUGACCUGGCCAGGAGAGAAGCAGAAACAGCAAUUCGUGCUCGCAAUGACUUCUUGGCUGUAAUGAACAAUGAGAUGAGAACCCCAAUGCAUGCUAUUAUAGCACUCUCUUCAUUACUGCAGGAAACGGAGCUGACACCUGAGCAGCGCUUGAUGGUUGAAACGAUCCUGAAGAGUAGCAAUCUCUUGGCAACACUGAUAAAUGACGUAUUAGAUCUUUCAAGGCUUGAAGAUGGUAGCCUGCAACUUGACAUUGGAACCUUUAAUCUUCAUGCCAUUUUCAAGGGGGUCCUAAACUUGAUCAAGCCUAUUGCAUCAGUCAAAAGGUUGACCAUUUCAUUAUGUUUGGCUCCGGAUUUGCCAGAAUAUGCUGUUGGAGAUGAAAAACGCCUUAUGCAAACUAUUUUAAACAUUGUUGGUAAUGCUGUAAAAUAUUCGAAAGAGGGCAGCUUCUCAAUCACCGCUUUUGUUGCAAAUUCAGAAUCUUUAAGAGAUUCUCGGGCUCCAGACUUUUUCCCUGUGCCAAGUGAUAAUCACUUCUAUUUGCGAGUUCAGGUAAAAGAUUCUGGAUCAGGAAUUAACCCCCAAGACAUUCCAAAAUUAUUCACUAAGUUUGCUCAGAGUCCAUCAUUAGCAACUAGAAACUCUGGGGGCAGUGGACUUGGCCUUGCAAUUUGUAAGAGGUUUGUAAAUCUCAUGGAGGGGCAUAUUUGGGUUGAAAGUGAAGGUCUUGGCAAGGGAUGUACUGCUAUUUUUAUUGUAAAACUGGGAAUUGCUGAUUGCUCAAAUGAAUCCAAGCUUUCUCUCAUGCCCUUAGUGUCAGCAGCUCAUGGACAGGCAAAUUUUCAAGGGCUCAAAGUUCUUGUUAUGGAUGACAACGGGGUCAGUAGGAGCAUCACAAAGGGACUUCUUGUGCAUUUGGGAUGUGAUGUAACUUCCGUAAGCUCAGGUGAUGAGUGCUUGCGCUUCAUUUCUCAGGAGCACAAAGUGGUGUUCAUGGAUGUCAGCAUGCCAGGUAUAGACAGCUAUGCACUUGCUGUACGGAUAUAUGACAAAUUCGCAAGACGCCUUGAAAGGCCAUUAAUAGUGGCCUUGACUGGGAACACAGACACGGCUGCCAAGGAGAGCUGCUUGAGAGUUGGUAUGGAUGAAGUUGUAUUGAAGCCCGUUUCACUUGAUAAGAUGAGGAGUGUUCUGUUGGAGCUUUUAGAGCACCGAGUUGUGCGGGAGACAUGAUGUACUUUAGAGAAAUGCUCAAAAUCAGAUUUUUUUUUUUUUUUUUAAACUUCUUUUUGGUUUUGAUUGGAAAAAUGAUUUGCUAAAGAUUCUUUGCCUUUUUUAUUUGUUUAAUUUUUUUUUUUAUAGCUUAAAUAAGUUAUGUACAUAUUACACUCUACACUACAUCCCGGAAAUCCAAUGGAAGAUGCACUGGUGUUACCUAAA